AUGUUCAAUGGUUAUAGACCUGCAUUCUGGAGUCAGAGGAUAAAGCAUAGACAUUUAGUAAUCUUCUUUCUACUGCUAUCUGUUAUUCUCCUGAUUAUUUCCAUCCUUGGUUGUUCAUCUUCAUCAGCGGCAAAUCCAAGUCUAUAUCUUGUGGAAAUUCAAUAUGAUGCUUAUGGUCAGCUGUUCAUGAAAGCUGGUGAGAAUGGCAUUGUCAAUGCUGAUGCUUAUAAUGUUUUAAAUGCAUAUGAUGUCAAUUCCGAUCUUCAAGUUAGAAUUGGAUAUUUUGGAAUUUGCACCAAUUCCUCCUACUCUCUUCCUCUAGUAGUUCAGAAUCAACUGGGGAGUUUGGCUCCUAAACCCAGUAAUGCCACAAAUGCAGGAUGGGUCUGUUCGUCUAAUGCGACACAUCUGGCUAAUGAAUUCACUUGGCCCACUCAAGAUGCUUUAAAUCUUGUUUAUGUUGCCAAUGCCGUUAGAACUCACUCCAUGACUCCCUGGGUUCUUAUUAUUGCUAUAGUAUUAUCAGGAAUCAGCUGUUUCCUGCUCAUCUUGGUUCAUACCACCGGCUCACAAGCUUUCCCUCUUACUACAGGAACUACUACAGGAGCCUUUUUAUUUGCAGUUCUGGGAAUGACAUCUCAGCAAACUGCUAUAAACUCCAUCUCACAAAUGGCAUUCACCCUUUCACAAAAUUCUCUUAAAAUUACCACUGGCAAAUCCGCCGCCGGUCUUGGCUGGGCUGCCACUGCAUUUUUAUUUUUAUCCUCCAUUGCAUUAGUGUUAAUAUUCAUUAGCGAGAAGAAUAUUCGAGCUCGAGACUCUGAUCUUGAAAGUUCUUUUCCUCGCGAAGCACCUACCAAGGUUUCUCAUGAAGAGGAAGAAGAGGCUCAGGAAGUCAAGUCACUUAUCGAGGCCAUGGGCGACAAAGUUCUCGGAGCUCGCCAAAGAGCUGCUGCCGAACAGGCUGCCGAGGAGGCUGCCAUCGAAUACGACAUGGCCAGACGGGAAUCAGAGGCACAAAAGGCCACUCGAGACGCAGCCGCCCGUGAAGCUGCCAGUCGCCAGAGUGCCCACAAUGCCGCCAGACCCCCAUCUCCCAUGGCCGAAUCCAACCACUUCCGCAUGCCCGGCACCAUCUCCAUGCCCACCCCCUACUAG